UUAAAACUCGAUGAGGUUUGUGGUCAAUCAUUUGAAGGCGAAGGAUAAGUAAUUUCUCGAUUUCAUUGGCUGCCAAAUUUCUCUGUGGCAUCUGAUAUUAAAUCAUUCGGAGAAACAUUUUACAUACGUUGGCGACUAGAUCUACAUGGUACUGAGAAAUCGAUUGAAAAGGAUUUGAAUUUCCUCUGUUAACUGCAAAAGUGAUCCCAAAUGAUAGUUACUUCAACAAAAGUGAGAGAUUAUCCCAGUGGAAAGAUUGAAAAUAUUUCCUUGGUCAGGCUAAAAUAUUCUGUCACCAAUUAGGAAUAGUUUGAACUUCCGUCGAAGGAAUGGCUCGUGCAGCAAGAGUUGUAAAAUUCUUUCACAAGGUGCUUUGUGCUAUGAUGUGUAAGAAUUUCAAGUUGAGAAGAUGCGACCAGGGAACAUUCUGUUUUUCCCAGCUGAGAUGCAAAACGAACUUCAAGCGGUUUUUACCAGGAAAGAAUUUUCUGACCAGAGCUGACAAGCAUUUGAGAAGCGAUCAAGAGAUCUGUCUUCCAUCUGCACGAGAAGUGUUAGAGCCAAUUUACGUCACAGAAAUCACGCGAAACUUCCCAUCAGAAAUUUUGAUGCCUUUUGCUUCAGCGAGGAAUGAGUUGAACGAAAUUAAUUUUUUUCGCAAAGGAAACCACGAUAAAUAUCUUCUUAGAGAAUCCGAUAUUUCACCUGAUUGUGAUGAGAAUGUAAUAACUGAGAUUUUUGCGUGGGUCUACAGAAUGGAAAUUAAAGAGCAAGACUUUUCUAAUGAUUUAUCGGCUACUGCAUCUGUUCACAAGAAUUGAUUUCUCGGAGGAAAAAAUGGAAACUAUGCAACUAAUUGCUGCAAUUUUAUGUAUUUACAGGAUUUCUGCCUGCGAUUGGUCUUCCGGUGAUGCUUUUGUAGCCCACCAACUAAUAACACUUCAUUUGAAAGAUACCAUAGUGUAGCCGGGAGUUGUAAAUAAGGUCGGGCUGACUACAGAUUAGCCCUUGAACCAAAUGAGUUAUUACUACUUAUAGAAUGACUGCUGUUUCACAACCUGUAAUUUUAGCAAUUGGAAAAUAUUUAAUUAGAAAGUUUUUUUUUUCUCAUUCCUCUCUUUUAUUUAGAUUUUCAAAAUUUGUACGAUUUGAAUCAUUAAACUUUUCAGGGAGGUUACGUACAGAUUUCUUACAUUUUCACUGUUCAGAUCAUUUGUUUCAGCCAAACAGAACAUUAUCCAUAGUCAAUCGUUAAUUUUGGGAGAUCUCAAAACAGCUGAAAUUUAGCAUAAUUAGCAACUUUUCAAGCACCCUUCUUUGAAGCAAUAAACUUAGGAUUUGAAA